CGCCUUUCCGAUUUCGCCCUCGCCCUGCGUCAAUUUUUGUUCGACAUGCCUCAUAUGCUUUUGCUGCUCGUCACUUUUCUUUUUUUAAUCAGCCAAAGCGUUUCGUUUCUGACUCUGGGCCCAAACGACCUAUGUUAAACAAGACCUUCGCCCUGUUGCCAUCACUCUCUGUCACUCUCCAUCCGUUCUUGCCAUUUCUCUUACCUAACAUAACCUCAACACCACCGCUUUCUCUCCUACCCUCUCACGACUUUCGCCCUCGUCCACAUACCGUGGUGGGGUUGUACUACGUCCCCUCUUACUUCCCCAGAGUGGGAUCCCAGACACACCGACGCCUACGUCAGGCGUAACCACAGCAUCCCAGCAAGAAAUCGUCCUCAAGAAACAACAUGUCGUCGGAGCUCGAUACCGUACCCUCCCAAUACCUUCCCUCCUACGCUUCAUACCCAUGGGUUGGCGCCCCUGCAGAUUACUCUCUGACCACCAACGAGGCCACCGGUGGUGACUCCAGAAUCGAAAACUUGAACAAAUGGUACCAAUCCGGUGACACAGCAUAUAUUAUCCUUUCAUCAUGUCUCGUGUUGGUCAUGAUACCGGGGCUGGGCUUCCUGUACUCUGGCCUGGCCCGAAGAAAGUCUGCACUCUCCAUGAUGUGGGCGUGUAUGGCGGCUGGAUCUGUCAUUAACUUCCAAUGGUAUUUCUGGGGUUACUCGCUCACUUUCUCGACCAAUACAUCCAACGGUUUCAUUGGAGAUCUGCAUCAUUUUGGCCUCAAGGAGGUUCUGGGUCAACCGAGCCCUGGCUCUCCUCUUGUGUCAUCUCUGUUGUAUGCCUUUUAUCAGAUGCAAUUUUGCGCCGUCACAGCCGCUAUCAUAGCAGGUGCUGUCGCUGAGCGUGGUCGUCUUCUUCCCUUUUUGGUUUGGCUGUUCCUCUGGGCCACCAUUGUUUAUAACCCAUUAGCCUGUUGGGCAUGGAACGCCAAUGGAUGGGCUUUCAAUUACGGUGUCAUGGAUUAUGCCGGCGGUGGACCCGUCGAAAUCGGCUCUGGACUGUCGGCUCUUGCAUAUUCCAUGGUUUUGGGAAAGCGACAGGAAAAGAUGAUGCUCAACUUCCGCCCUCACAACGUCUCCUUCAUCCUCCUCGGCACCGUCUUCCUGUGGUUUGGCUGGCUCGGCUUCAACGGUGGCUCAUCUUUCGGUGCCAACCUGAGAGCUGUUAUGGCAUGCUGGAACUCCAGCUUGACUGCCACUAUGGCCGCCAUCACCUGGGUUCUGCUCGAUUUCAGACUCGCCCGAAAAUGGUCUAUGGUUGGUUGGUGUUCAGGAACCAUUUCAGGUCUUGUUGCCGCCACUCCUGCUUCAGGUUAUCUUGAGACCUGGGGUUCCAUCGCUCUGGGUGUCGCUACUGGUAUCAUUUGCAAUUUUGCCACCAAGAUCAAAUACUGGAUCCACAUCGAUGACACCAUGGACGUGUUCGCUGAGCACGGUGUCGCCGGUAUUGUCGGACUUGUUUUCAACGCCCUCCUCGGCGUUGAUUAUGUGGUGGGCCUCGACGGUGUCAACACCGGAUCUGAAGUGGGCGGAUGGCCAAUUGGUCAAUGGAAGCAACUUUACAUUCAAAUCGCCUACAUUGUCGCCUGCUCAGCAUAUUCUUUCGUUGUCAGCGCCGUGUUGGCCUACCUCGUCAACUUUAUUCCCGGACUCCACCUCCGUGCUUCAGAAGAGGCUGAGCUCCUCGGUAUGGAUGACGAUCAGCUCGGCGAAUUUGCCUACGACUAUGUUGAGGUGCGCAGAGACUAUUUGGCGUGGACACCAACAACCAAGGACCAAGGAUCUGUUGACCCAGAUCCAUCCCAAGACCAACGCCACGGAAUCGAGGGACACAGUAAGAUGUUCAAGAAUGCAGAUACCACCAGCACUGGAUCUGGCAGUGGAGAGCCGACUGUGGAACCUGUACAUGAGCCGAUUGUGGCCAAGGAUGACCGACCUGCCGCGGUCGCUGAGGACGCAGAGAAGGAGAAAGCCGCAUGAGCAUGAGCACCAACACAGACGAAACCAUCGAAAUGGAUUCCCAAGCAAUCAACGUGGUUUCCUAUCGCGCAGACUGAGUCUGGUCCACCCAUCUUUCCCAUGUACACAGUCUCCUCAAUCGUUUCUAUUACUACUUCACCUUUUUUUCCCACCUGCCUAGAUCUAGCGAAGACUUAUUCCCUUAUUCUAAUUUGGGGACGAAUGGAGCAUAUUCUGAUUUCCACGAGCCUGCUGAGCCUGAUCAUUCUGGCACACAGAUAAACAAGUACAUCAAGCAAUGGUUCUGCUUUGGACAGACCUGUUUUGUCUUUCCGUUAUGGUGGCGUCGACGUAAGCAGUGGGGCUGAGAUGAGAUGGCUCUCACUAGUGCUUUGUCGACCAAGAACGAAGUUGAUAUAUACAUACCUAUCCUUACUUAGAUACAGAUACCCAAAUUACAGAUACAUGAAAAAUACAAUGAUACGGUCAG